AUGUCAUUGACAAGAACUGUCAAAGAGGCUUGUCCAGCCUCAGAGCGUAUUUUUUGGUUGCAAUUAUCCGGAUUGCAAUUUCGUCUUUCGCUUUAUAUUAGUCCAAAAAUUGGUCCAAAAGAAUGGGUUCAAGAUAAAGCUUCUUCUCUAAGACGAAAAUACCUUCGUCAUAUCGAUCCUGAACUCCAUUUUUGUCGAUUAUAA